AUGGCUUCAACGCUAUUUAAGUCUUAUGUCUUACUUAUAGUGCUAUGUAUCGGUAUAACAUUGAUCCAUAAAUCACAAAGUCCACCAACCACAAAAGGUAACAGUGAAAAGACAGAAAAAAUUGUGACGACGAAAAAUGUGUUGAGUUGUAUGCUUGCUAGCACAAGCAGUGAUGUAGGCAGAUCUGUACAGAAACUUGGGAAAGCUCUUUCUAUAAAAAAAAAUGGCAAAUGA